GACUGGAAAAGUGAAAUCGAGAGGUUCACAUUAAGCUUAAAGUUUUCUUUUAUUAUUUUUUUUCCUCUGAAAUAAGCUAUAGGGCGAUAAAUCGCAAACCGCUUCGGUUAUAUUUAAAGUUAACUCGAUGCGAGUCUAAUAGCUAAGGCGCGGGCUGUUUUUAUUUUUAGUUUAUCACAUAGGAAAACUUGGCAUUUGUACAGUGCUUGAUUACACAGCAUUUGUAUAUUUACUUGGAUUGAGAACAAAUUACUUUUUGCUUUGGUAUUUGAUUGUUCAAAAUCCUUUGAGAGAUAUGAAAAAUUGUUGUGAUUAUGAUUAGGACAUUUUUAAAGGCUAUCCCAAAAUGUCUCUGAAACCCAAAAGAGUAGAUUUUCAAGAGACUUGGACAAUUCUGCAGGAGACAGUCAAAGGCGUUAUUACUCUUGGAAAUGUGCCACAUUCGACAUGGAGUGAUAGAUUUAGUGAUGUGUACUCAUUAUGUGUUGCCUAUCCAGAGCCUUUAGCAGAUCGUCUUUAUCAGGAGACAAGGCAAUUUCUUGACAACCAUGUUAAGUCACUUCUUCAGCAAGUGACAGGAGCUGGGGAACAAAAUCUUCUACGAAACUAUCAAAAAGCAUGGAAUGAAUACUACCAGGGUAUAAAUUACUUACAUCGGCUUUAUCUCUAUUUAAACCAGCAGCAUAUAAAAAAGCAAAAACUAUCAGAGGCUGAAAUCAUAUAUGGCAAUAUGACACAAGAUAGUGAGGAGCAAAUGGAAAUUGGGGAAUUAGGUCUAGAAAUUUGGAAAAGAAACAUGAUAGAGCCUCUCCAGGAAAAUUUAGUCAAACUGCUACUUGAAGGAAUUCAUCAAGAUAGGGUGGGUGAUGCUCAAUCAACAGCUUCAGAGAUAAUAAAGGGUGUCAUUCAGUCAUUUGUCAGUGUUCAAGAAUAUAAAAAGAAGGAUAACUUGGAAUUGUAUAGGACAAUUUUUGAAAAACCCUUCCUUGAGGCAACAGGGGAAUACUACCGAAGGGAAGCGAGCAAGUAUUUGCAGGAAAGUAAUGUUUCUCAAUAUAUGGAAAAAGUCACACAGAGAUUGAGUGAAGAAUCUAUGAGAAGUCACCGAUUUAUUCAUUAUAGCUCACAUGCAGCAGUGACAGCAAAGUGUGAAGAAGAAAUGGUAGCAGGCCACCUCAGUUUUUUGCAUAGUGAAUGUGAAGCAAUGGUGACAGAAGAAAGAAAGAAUGAUCUUAGGAACAUGUAUCCUUUACUUCAUGCUGUGUCAGGAGGGCUUGGAAUAUUAGUGCAACAUGUUAUGUCUCAUAUUAAAUCGAGUGGACUUCUUGCCAUUAGUGGGCUAUCUGGGGAUAAUAUGCAUAUACAGUUUGUCGAAAGUAUGCUGGAGGUUCAUAAAACGUACAAACAACUUAUUCAGGAUGUAUUUGCGAGUGAUCAAGCAUUUAUGGGUGCAUUAGAUAGAGCUUGUUCUUCUGUGAUAAAUUACAGGAUCAACCCUAAGCAACCCUGCAAAUCGCCUGAACUUCUAGCAAAAUAUUGUGAUACACUCUUAAAAAAAUCUUCAAAAGGAAUAACUGAAACAGAAAUUGAUGACAAAUUAUCUAAUUCUAUAACAAUAUUUAAAUACAUUGAUGACAAAGACGUUUUUCAAAAAUUUUAUUCACGCAUGUUAGCACGAAGACUGAUACAUCAACAAAGUCAAUCAAUGGAUGCAGAAGAGUCUAUGAUCAAUAGAUUGAAACAAGCAUGCGGAUAUGAAUUUACAAAUAAACUCCAUAGGAUGUUUACAGACAUGUCAGUCUCAAAUGACUUAAACAAUAAGUUUAAUGCAUUCCUUAAGCAUGAUAACAUCGAGUUAGGAAUUAAUUUUUCCAUUUCAGUUUUACAGGCUGGUGCUUGGCCUCUGGGACAGGCAAAUGUUACAUCAUUUCAGCUGCCAGAAGAACUUGUAAAAUCGGUCCAGAUGUUUGAGAACUUCUACCACAACCAUUUUAGUGGGAGGAAGUUGACUUGGUUACAUCAUUUGUGUCAAGGUGAGCUGAAAUUAGGUUAUCUAAAAAAGCCAUACAUUGUCACAAUGCAAGUGUUCCAAAUGGCCAUACUUUUAUUAUUUGAAAACUCUGAUUCAUUUACCUGUGAAGAAAUCCAAAGCACACUUCAAUUAAAUAGUGAUCAGUUCAAUAAGCAUAUCACAAGUCUGAUAGACUGCAAGCUCCUUUUAUGUAGCUCAGAGAACAUAACUGCAGAAACAACGCUAACACUAAAUAAAGAUUAUAGUAACAAAAGAACACGUCUCAGAAUUAGUACAGCGAUGCAAAAAGAAACACCACAAGAGAUGGAGCAGACGGUAACAGCAGUUGAUGAAGAUAGGAAACUGUAUCUUCAAGCCGCUAUUGUUAGGAUAAUGAAAUCUCGGAAGGUUCUCAGGCACAAUGCACUUAUUCAAGAAGUAUUAAGUCAAUCGAAAGCAUUUGCUCCUGCAAUAAGCAUGAUUAAAAAAUGUAUAGAAGCUCUAAUUGAUAAGCAGUAUAUUGAACGCACACCUAAUUCUUCUGAUGAGUACAGCUAUGUUGCUUAAUGUAUGUAAUCAUACAUAAAAUAUGAACUAUUUGAAGCUGGGGGGUAUUAAAAAAGUGGAGCACAUUUAAUAUCAUAUACAAUGAAUUGUAAAUAAACUGUGUUGAUUGAAAUAUUUAACAUUCAGUGUAUGUUUCAUACUUAAAUAAAUUAAUUA